AUGGAGAGAAACGUCGAGAAGAUGCUGAACAGAGUUUCGGUGGCGUUCAUAAGCAUCGGAACAGUGAUCAUGGUGAUUAUGAUUCUCCAGACGCCGAAAACAUGCAUUUCUCCGGAAGCUCCAUCGAAAUCCCACACGCAUUUCCCGAGAUCCACCUGCGAUUCGUCGCCUCGCCAGCACCUUCCUCUCCCGAAGAAGAACGCUCGCAUGUGGUCCUCUAAAGCCUGGAAAUUGCGUCUCUCCUCUUUCUCCUCCUACUUCGUCCGAUUCCGCGAUCUCGGGUUUCUCCAAAAUCACACCAAAGCUCUGUGUCUCUCCGCCGGCGCUGGCCACGCCCCGAUGGCUCUUUCUCAGAUCGGUUUAUCUGACGUCACCGCCGUCGAAUUGGUGGAGUCGCUUCCUCUUGUCAGAAGAGCCGAUCCUCACAACCUUCCUUUUUUCGACGGUGUUUUCGAUUUCGCCUUCACCGCACAUCUCGCUGAAGCUCUGUUUCCGUGGAGAUUCGUGGCGGAGAUGGAGAGGACGGUGCGCCGGGGCGGGCUUUGCUUGGUUGCGGUUGAUGAAUGCGGCGGAGACGAUGUUAAGGACAUUGCUAGACUUUUCCUUAAUUCGAAGCUCGUUGAUAUGGCCAAUGUAACUCUAGAAGGAUCCAAAAUGACUAGUUUACUAUUGAAAGUUCAAGAAUCUCCGGCAUGA